AUUCUCAGAGUGGAGCUGCUUUAACACGCAGCAGCUUGUUUCAGACGUUAGAUAAUCAGCAGAGAUGGCAAAUGUAGACCAACUGAUUGAGCACAUAGGAGGCUUUGGGCCUUUCCAGAAGAAGAUCGUUACUCUCGGUUUAUUUCCGUUGAUAUUUUUUUCUUUUGUUCUUGUCGGCGUUGUUUUCCUAGGGCACACUCCGGAUCACUGGUGCUGGAGUCCUGUAUCAGAGCUCCUCCAGCAGGAAUGUGGGUGGACAGAGGUCGAGGUGCGGGAGGCCACUGUUCCCCAAUCUGAGCAGUCAAGAUCCUUCAGCCGCUGUACGAGAUUUGCACUGGACUGGCACAAAAGCCACAACAAAUGCACUGAGUUUGACUGGCUGCUGACUCCUAAUGAAACCCAGUUGCUGCCUUGUGAUGGCAGCUGGAUGUUUGAUAAAAGCCACAGCACUAUUGUUUCUGAGUUCUCAUUGGUCUGUGAGAAAUCCUGGCUAGCUGAUCUGAAUCAAGUUUUACUGGCAUGUGGAUUUUUCGUUGGAGCUUUUGUCACUGGCUAUCUGGCUGACAGGUUUGGCAGAAAGCCAUGUUUCAUUGCAUCGAUGGUUGGCCUUGGUAUCUCAGGCAUCGGGGUAAUGCUGUCACCAUGGUACCCGCUGCUGCUCGCUUUUCGAUUUCUACAAGGAUUUUGUGGAAAGGGAGCGUGGACAGCCACCUAUGUACUUGUGAUUGAGUUUUUUGGAUCAGACAACAGAAAAGUUGUGUCCAUGGUGAGUCGGACUUUCUACUCCAUUGGCAUGGUCAUCCUGCCCGGUCUGGCUUACUUCCUGCCAUCCUGGAGGACUCUGCAGCUGGUCAUGAGUCUGCCCUGCAUCCUGUUCAUCUUAUACCACUGGAUUGUUCCUGAAUCUCCACGUUGGCUGUUCUCACAAAAAAGAACUACAAAGGCCAUGGAAGUUGUUGCGGACAUAGCAAAGUGCAAUGGGAAAUCAUUACCACCUAAUCUUUCAGAGAUGAUCCUUUUGGAGGAAAAGAAAGAAGUGGAUCCUGUAUCAGGAAUGGAUUUGUUCAGGACACCAACUAUAAGAAAAAACACACUCAUUUUAACUUAUGCCUGGUUUACGAGUACCGUUGUGUUUCAAGGCCUGGUCCUGCGGCUCGGGAUCAUAGGCAAUGACCUCUACUUGGAUUUCUUAAUCUCCGCUGUGGUGGAGCUUCCAACCGGCCUCAUCUUCUACCUGCUGGUUGACAGAAUUGGUCGACGAACCCUCAUGGCCAUCACUAACUUAACCGCUGGCAUUGCCUGCCUCAUAAUCCCCUUCCUCUCGACAGAUUAUGCCACCUUGAAAAGGUCGAUAGCGAUCAUCGGGAGGCUUUCUGUUGCGAUUGGAUUUGAGACCUUGAGCUUUGCAAACACAGAGAUGUAUCCAACAUCUCUCAGAAAUCUGGGUGUGUCAGUAUGCUCGUCAGCCAGUGACAUCGGAGGAAUUGUGGCCCCAUUCCUGCUCUACAGACUGGCCAGUAUCUGGCAGGAGAUGCCUCUUCUUCUAUACGGUGUGAUGUGUGUGCUGUACAGUGGAUUGGUGACAAGGUUGCCUGAGAUGAGUGGAGUCGCCCUGCCAGAGACCAUAGAGGAUGUGGAGAAUCUAAAAGGAGGCAAAGACAAGUCGAAGAAUGCCGAGGGCUUUAUUUUAUGAUUGAAGCCUCCAAGAUCUGGAACAUUAUUGGAUUCUUUUCUACAUGUUUGCUGUGUUUAUAAUGCACAUGAUGCCCUGGUGUAGCCUGCUCAUUAGAUUCACAGCCAGAGAAAAGUACUGUGAAAUGUACUACAGUGGCUGUUAUUGCAGUCUUGCAUUACAUUAGAUAUUCUGAGGCUUAAAGGUGUUAACUACAUACUUGCUAGGAAAUCUAAUGGAGUAUCAUUCUUAUAUAUUUGCAACCUUGCACCUAACAAUGCAAAUCUUCUGUAGUUUUAUUCUUUAGAUUUUAUACUUUUUUAUAUUUAGAUGAAAACAGAGCUUAGAUGUUUCACAAAAGCAGUAGAAUUGUUGAUUUUUGUCCGUUUUCUUUGUGUGUAUGACAUGUGUCUGUUACUUAGCAGGACAUCUCAAAAACUUGACUGACAACACUGAUUUAAAGCAAAUUGCAAAGAGGAACUUCUUCACCAUGGGUCUAUUUAAAACAAAAAUGACAAGUCUGGUAUAUUUUUAUUUGUCUGAUAGGUCAACAAAUCCCAUGAAAUGACCAAAACUUCUAACAAAUGGAGAUCUCCAGAGCCAUAGAAAAAAUGAUUAGACCAUUGUUUUCUUCAAUUUCUUGUUCAUUUUAAUGCCUGGUACAACUAAAUGUACAUUUGUUUGGACAAAUAUAACGAUAACAACAAUAAUAGCUCAUAAGAGUUUAAUUUAAGAGCUGAUAUCUAGUCAUUUUCCAUUUCCUUGAUAAUGAUUUUGGUUAUUUUGAACAAGAAAGCAAGGAGAAAACAAGGAUGGUCGAAUAUUUUUUUUCCAUGACUGUAUAUUUACACCAAAUCAGGCAUUGCGGUAAAAACGAGGUAUAUUAACAACCGCCACUCCGGUGGUUCACUGAAUAACAAGUGGUUUAAACAUUUUUACACUAGCCCAACCCUAGAAGAGCUGAACAAUUGAUCAGAAUUUUAUCAGAAUUGCAUCACAGACUAAUGUAAUAUUACACUCGCAAGAGGAACGAUAUUUGUGAAAGGCAAAAUAUGACAAAAUACCAUUCUGAAAUGAGUAAUAUGGUGCUGCAGAAAUGUCCCGGUCUACAAUUGAUUUUUAUACAGACUUAAAAAAUAUUUGUCUUUCACGGCAGAAAGUCCAAAGUUUCAUGAAAUGUGUUUGUAGUUGAGCCUUAUUUGGCAUCAGCUACUACAGCACACCAUGCAGUUGUUUUCAAAACUAACAUGACAUGCUCGUAUCAACUCGGAGCAACCAUGCAAACUUUAGAGAGGUGAUCUCUAUAGUACAGAAACAUGCUGAAUUUAAAUGGCCUGAAGCCAGUGGGCCCAGAGAGAAUCAUUCCUCCAACAAUCAUGGCCACAGCACAACAGUUUUUCUUCUGUAAAAAUGUGGAUGAU